GACAGGCGGAAGUUCAACAGGGGCAGACCCCCACCCCCGUUUGGAUCUGACGCUGGGGAAGGCAGCUGUCCCUGUUGAGUGUUUGCCUGCCGCGUCCCAUAUUUUGCAGAGCUUCCCGGGAGCCAUGGAGAAGCUGAAGCACGUGGUGGAACAGGCUCGGGCUGCCUUCAACACGGGCAAGACGCGCCCUUUGGCUUUCCGUAUCCAGCAGCUGAAGGCCUUGAAGAAGAUGGUGCAGGAGAAGGAGAAGGAAUUCACGGCGGCCCUCAAGGCGGAUCUCAACAAGAGUCAGUACAACAGCUUCAGCUACGAGUUGAUGAUCGUGCUGGGAGAGAUUGAACUGAUGCUGGAGAAGCUUCCUGAGUGGGCCAGCCCUCAGGACGUGGAAAAGACCAUCCUGACGCUGACCGACAAGACCUACAUCCAUCGCGAGCCCCUGGGCCUAGUCCUGAUCAUCGGGGCGUGGAACUACCCCUUUGUCCUGAUCAUGCAGCCUUUGAUAGGAGCCAUUGCCGCAGGGAACGCGGUGGUGGUCAAGCCAUCCGAGGUCAGUGAACACACCGCCAAGGUCUUUGAAGAGCUGCUCCCUCAAUACAUUGACAAGGACCUGUACCCUGUCGUCAACGGAGGGGUGCCUGAGACGACAGAACUGCUGAAGCAAAGAUUUGAUCACAUCUUCUACACGGGCAACAGCUUCGUGGGCAAAAUUGUUAUGGAAGCUGCCUCCAAGCACCUCACCCCGGUCACGCUUGAGCUGGGCGGGAAGAGCCCCUGUUACAUUGAUGAGGACUGCAAUCUUGACGUGGCUUGCAGGCGGAUUACGUGGGGGAAGUACAUGAAUUGCGGCCAGACCUGCAUUGCCCCUGACUACAUCCUGUGCGACCAGUCCAUUCAGAAGGACGUCGUGGAGAUCAUCAAGAAGACCCUCAAGGAAUUUUACGGCGAGAAUGUUAAAAACUCCCCGGAUUACGAACGGAUUGUGAACAAGCGGCAUUUUAAGAGGAUCAUGGGCCUUCUGGAGGGGCAGAAGAUUGCCUACGGGGGCGAAGCUGAUGAGUCUGCCUGUUUCAUAGCACCCACCAUCCUCACAGACGUCAGCCCGGAAGCCCGGGUCAUGCAGGAGGAGAUCUUCGGCCCGAUCCUCCCCAUCAUCACGGUGAAGAGCAUUGAUGAAGCCAUCCAGUUCAUCAACCAGCGAGAGAAACCCCUGGCUCUCUACGUCUUCUCAAACAACAACAAGGCAAUCAAGAAGGUGAUUGCCGAGACCUCGAGCGGCGGAGUUACAGCCAACGACGUCAUCAUGCACUUCUCCAUCCCGUGCUUACCUUUCGGAGGCGUUGGGAACAGUGGCAUGGGCUCCUACCACGGCCGGCACAGCUUUGAGAACUUUUCCCACCGGCGCUCCUGCCUCAUCCGGGCGCUCAAGAUGGAAGCCGUCAACAGUAUUCGAUACCCCCCCAACAGCCAGAAGAAGCUGGAUUGGGCUAAAUUCUUUGUCUUGAAACGCUUCAGCAUGUGGAAGUUCGGCCUUGUGGCUCUUGCACUGCUGGGCAUUGUGGCGGCUGUCGUGAUCAAGAUAAAUAUUGAUUGCUUUCAUUGGGGACAACGUCUAGCGGAUCUUAGGAAGCUAAGCAGGAUCAAAUCAGGUUGUGCUUUUUUGAGAGCGAGGUUCCGCAGAUGCCAUAACAGAACGUGGUGUUAAAGCAAGCUCACCCAGGCGGGGUGUGCGUGCGCGCGCGUGUGUGUGUGCUGGGUGGGGUGUCUUUUUCUUCCACUUACUUACAAGAAUUACGCAAUUUCUUCUUAACCAUUAAACACUCAGACGACAAGCACUAACGCUUCCUCCAGGAAGAUUCUCGGUGAGAAUAUAUGGUUGUCUCCUCUCUGGGGAGCGACAGUUUGUACCGAAGUGACGAGGGAGCAAAAUUUCAGGGAGAAGGGAUCUGAACAGGGAAGCUGCACAGCUACGAAGAGGCGGGGUCAUUAACUUUUCAAGAUCCUUUUCUCACGGAGCAUUUCCAAAGCCAGCUUGCCUGUGCCAUGCCAGGAAAAAAAUGCGGCCUGAGGCGCCUCUUGCGAAAUAGCUGUUUCUGCUCAUUUUUCCUUUUCCUUUAAAGGCGCGAUCAGGGCCUUUCGACUGCUCAGCUGUGGCAUGGAGCGAACCAAAGAGUGGGGGGCAUCCGUGGCGCCAGGCUUGAUGAAUUUUCCUAAGGGUCUCCUUGCUCUGAGGGCAAAUGAUCUUCCUUUACUCUGUUUUAUCCUCCUCAUGGAUAUUUUAGACCUGGUGCCCAGAGGUUCCAGAAUGAUGUGCAAAGCCCAGUUGCUGUUUAUCAGAGGGACGAUGGGGCUGCACUACAGUUCCCAGCAUCCCCAGCCGGAAUAAAGUCCAGUGGAGCUGCGAUAGGGCAAUUCUUGAAGAGGUGCAGCAUCAUUCUCUGCUUUGCUGUCCUUUGACACCCCCCCCAUAUGCUGGGGGCCGUGCCUGGACGAUCAAAGCUCCAUGGCCGUUUUAGGUGCACUCGCACAGGGCUUUGAUCACAGUCAUGACUGCCAUCUUGACUUUUUUGACCCCCUCACAGAUGUUCGAGAUGGAUUUCUAGAUAUCCAUGCGUGAAAGAUCCAUCUGAGCGGAGCCCCCCCACCCCACUUUAAGGAAGGCUCAGAUUCAACAAAGCCAUGUUUUCAGAGCUGUAGAUGAUUGAGCAGUGUGAGUAAGCCCCAACAAGCAGAGAUUUGGUUUUGUCCCCACUUCUCUGCUCCUGAUCAGAGCAUUUUCUUGUCCCUGACCCACAAUUUUUUGUGCCUGCCCCAGUAGAAACCCCUCAGGGACUUCUCACACCGCAUCAUCAUCAUAUACUUGGUCUAGUUUUGGCUUUGCAGGGAGGGCAAACCCAGCCCACAUGAGUUGCAAACCACAUCGAUGGCUUCAUCAUGGUUCGGCGACUUAGCCGAUGUGCUCGACUCCAUUAACCGCCCUCUUGCUGAGUGUAAUGGUCUGUGGGAAUGGCCUUGGGAGACAGGAGGAAGAGCCACAGACUAGGCAACAGUCAGAUAAGAGGCA